AUGUCGAUUUCAGUUCAGUUCGAAAAACCUGCACCGCCUUCAGCUUUUGCUAGACACGUUCAGGAACUAAAAGCCGCAGUUACAUCGAAAACUGGAGCAGGUCCGUCCGAAGGAGCCACCACAACGAAGGACCCUUGCAAAAUGGAGUAUAGGGAAGUUAGGAUCCGAACAUCAGCUCUUGCGAGGGAAUACAGCAAUCCGGCCGCUCAACGUCCUCGUCCGACAACUCCCACACAGUCGUGUACUCUGGAGAGAUUCGCAUUCAAUGCGCCAUUCGAAGGCAUGUUUUCGUCGUCGUAA